AUGACGGUCAAGCCCCAACUGCCGCUGAGACUUCUCUCGCCGCCCUUCAUCAUCAUUGUCGCCUGCGUUGCCUUGUUUGUCUUAGUCUGGGCGACAGUCCCCUUUGAUUCCGAGAUACCAAACAACGUAUACAAUUCACUGUCGUUGAACAAGCCCAAGACCUCACGCGUGCACAACCUCGUCUGGGCAUCAAAACCAGUACUCCCAUUCUGCGCCGGCUUGGCCUCAAAGCUGGCCACUCGUUACCCAAUCCCCACGAUGCUGGGCUAUGAAGGCUCAGGCGAAUUCAAUCUGACUGGGGGCUAUAACAUUGCCAAGUUGUACACCCUGCGGCGAUAUUUAAAUGGGCCUGCUGGUGCUCACGAUGACGACCUGGUCAUCGCUACGGAUAGCUACGACGUCCUGGCCCAACUGCCUGUCGAUGCCUUUAUCGAGCGUUACUUCGAAACUGCUGCAGCGGCCGAUAAGCACCUUGCAGAUCGUUUUGGUAUCACUGUCGAAGAAGCCCAUUCGAAAGGCCUACGCCAAACAGUAUUCUUCUCCGCUGGGGCAAAGUGCUUCCCCCCGUUCCCGGACGAAGCACAAUGCUGGGCUUUGCCCCCGUCCAACCUGCCGCAUAAUAUCCUAGGUCCAGAACGAGAUGGCCCCUCCGAAGCGUUCUACGCUGAUCCUAUUUUUGUGAACGCGGGGAUCAUGAUUGGCCCAGUCGGCGACCUGCGCAAGGUUGUCGAUGCCGCACUGGAAUUGGUCGCCGAGAUUUGGGACCCAGAGAUCAAGUGGAUUGCCACAUCAGACCAGCAUUAUAUCGGGAAAGUGAUGGGCCGUCAAGAAGUUUACCGGACGAAGGAGAUUACAGGUGGUCCCGUCCCAGGUCUUACCGGAACUAGAGUGCUCCCGAAGGAGAAGCAGAACGAGACCGAUCAGACCGAGUUCCACAUGACCGUUGAUCAUGCGCAUGGGCUCGUUCAAAAUAGGGCCUACUUUGAGUACUGGUUGAGGAAGCUGAACUUUGACCGUUCCGAUCACACUGCCGUUGUGAUGGAGGACGUGCUAAAUCAGCAACGUUCAUUUCAGCCGUAUAAGAUCCAGAUGCCAUCAUUUGUCUUUUUAGCUUUACGCCGGAUUUUCGAUUCAAUUUCGGAUCAGAUUGACCAAGGAUCGACGGCGAAGGAAUGGAUUGGCUCUUUAAAACUCGGCACGAACGUUGCGACGAGGCAAAUCUUUGCUCUUUUCCACCAAUCAGGGAGAAAGGACGGUUUCAUGGAGUACUAUCAGGACAUGUGGUAUUUCCCAUAUCUUAAGCGUAUGCUCAAGGCUGCCGUGGAAGCAAAUAGAGCAAGAGAGCCUCUAACUACUCGCCUGAUCGACGGCCGCAACUGGGUUUCUCAAACUAAUUAUCCCGAGGACAGGUCCUUACAUGAUGAUUACGGUGGAGCAUAUGCCGACUCACCGAAUGAAUUUAUUCCUUUUCUUCAGCUUUGUAAGGAAUACACCCAAGAUUUAUUCGGAAUGGAGCAUCAGGGGGCCAAGAAUCAAGAAACGAAAAUCAAUAUUUAG